AUGUUCUCAUCGAUCAUUCUUAUUUUUCUGAUCCCAUCCGUAAUGACAACUCCGAUAAAUUUGUAUCGAAAUGCAUAUUUCUCUCCAUUUGAUUCUCGUUAUUUAUUAAGUAAUCUUUCAUCCAUCAAUUCAACUAAUUCAUGUCUUUGUCAAUGUUCGUCCGAUCCACUUUGUUCCACACUGAUUUAUUCUUCCAAAACUCAAUUCUGUAUUCUUUUCUUCGCAAAUCUCAAUCAAGGUCAAUUGAAAUUGGUGACAACCAACACCGAUACAAACGUGUAUAGUUUCAACAAUCGAAGCUCGACAACUGGUGGCAAUAGUCUAGCUGCUUAUUCUGGUUAUCAGCCUGGUUCAUAUUGGCCUACUCAACCAGCCGUGAAUAUCUUCGAUGGCAACCUAACUACAGAGUUUACAAGUCAUGGUGUAUGUAAUAUCUCUUUGUAUUUGUCACGGUGCGGACAAAAUACUGGUUUCUACUUCACACCUCAAUCUGGAUCGAUGAUUCUUGCUGGGUUUCGUUUAGGUACAAAUAUUCAUAGUUCUUUACGUGAUCCAUUGUUAAUGACGAUCGAAGGAAGUAAUUCCAGUGGAUCGUCUCUCACUUCAGGAUCGAGUUGGACAU